GAAAGGAAACUAUAGUCCGUAUUUAAUUAGUUCCUCCCGUUUUCUUCUAUACAUAUUUUUCAAGUCUUGUCUCAAAUGUCUAACAAGCGAAAGCAGCCAACAGCUAUUCCGCCCCCCUUACAUGUCCACCCCAUCCCGAGUUCAAUCUAGGUCUAGGUCGGCCAAAAUAUUAUUUAUUCUGACCCUAGAUGCAUUGACUUACCAUAGUUGUAUAGCCCUGCACUUGGUCCGCCCUGCUUGUGUGGCAUCCAUCCCGCAUUUUUGGACCCCAUUUAGAUUGCAGUUGAGACGGCUCCUGAUAGGAUCGGGCUAUCUAUUCACGCACAUUCAUACCCAAAUAAUAUAUAGUUUUACAUGUCAAAUCUUGUUGAGUUAUCAUAAAGAGCCACCAAUCCCUUCUUCUUCGAGAUGCGGAUGCCCGGCAGAUCGCACUUAUGUUUCGAUAUCUUCGAGGCAUAGGCGGAUGAUUCCGAGCUAUCCGCACUGCAGAAAAUUAUAUUGGGUUAACAUCUAAUCAAUGGAUUUAAGUGGAAGGAUUUCACGACUUGUUCCGUUUAGAUAUCCUUUAUGUACGCAUGAUACUCACCGGAGUUUUAUCUCGGUACUUUAUGGGCAACACUACAGCAUUUUCCAUGCGACUUAAGGAAGCAAGAUAGAGCUUAGUAAUAAUCUAUGGAUAAUAAAUAUUUUAAUAUUUUAUA